AUUUUAUGCAGUUCUAAAAAAAAAUGUAAAAAGUGAAGCAGAUAAACUAGUGUUUACUUUUAAGUAUCCAAUCAGCGGGUUGCGUUCCAUGGGCAUGGUUAAUUCUAAACCUUUUUUAAACACUACUACAAACGCUAAAAAUAAAUACAUUCAUAAAUGAACGUUGCUACAUAUGAGUGUUUUUUUUAGGUCAGCACAAUACUCCUCCGUCGCAACCCAAUGACCGCAUCAACGUCAGAUUUUAUCCACAUCUUUUUGGGGCACUUGAACGCAGCACUGAGGAGCAGCUAGCAUGGCUCGUUGAUUCGUAACAUUAAAAAAAAAAAAAAAAAGUCUGCUGUGACGGACUGUAACAACCCCCCGGGAAAAAGAGAGAAGAAUCAUGUCCGGCGUUCAGAUCCGAAAGUACCAGGAGGAGGACGCGGAGAGCGUGAAGGAGGUGUUCACGUUGGGCAUGAGCGAGCACAUCCCCUCCUCCUUUAUGCACGUUCUCAAACAGCCUCUGACCCAGAUGGUGCUGAUGUGCACCUUCUGCGCGCUGGUGACCAGCUCCAAGUCCUUCCUGCUGCCCAUCCUGGCCGUCACCCUGCUGCUGGCGGGGGCCCGUCUGGGCAUCAUCUACAUGUUCAACAGGUACAUCGAGGCUACGCUCAGCGGCGACCUCCGGGACGUGACCAACAGCUACCUGAGGAGCCAGGACUCCUGCUUCUGGGUGGCUGAAAGCGAGGGCCGGGUGGUGGGCACGGUGGCCUGCCUGCCUGCAGAGAACGCGCCGGGCUGCUUGGAGCUGAAGCGCAUGUCGGUGCGGCGGAGCCACCGCGGCCGGGGCAUCGCAAAGGCUCUGUGCAGGACGGUGGCUGACUUCGCCCGGGACAGGGGUUACGCCGCUGUGUUCCUACAAACCUCCAUGGUGGCAACAGACGCUCAGAAACUGUAUGAGCACAUGGGCUACAAGAAGAUCAAGGAGUUCGUCUUGCCUGACUUUUUUGGUAAAAUCAUCAACUUCACUUUGAUUGAGUUCAGACUCGACCUCCAGCCAGAUGGACAAAAUGAUUGAAAGUGGAGAGGUUCAUGUAAACGGCCAUUAAAGCAGUAUCUGCACCUAAAUAUGCCCCAAAAAUAAUAAAGCUGUAUUUAAAUAUU